CUCUUUCUCUGGCGAUACUUGAUAGAUGUGACUUGGUCCGAGUAAAUCACCGCUCUCUGCACGGACCAUAUAUACUGCGACGUCUACCCUGACCCGGAAAUAAAGCAAUGUGUUUACUCACGAAAACCACUUGGGGUUGGUUAGGAGGGUGAAGGAGGGGAGUAAAUUGAGCCCCGUUUUGAUACGCUGUCACCGGAGGAUUAUUCAUACCGUGACCGUAGAUAAAAACAGUUAUCUUCAGCGACGCUGGGAUUAGAUUUAUCAGCGAGGAGAAGAGUUGACAAGGGUAAUUUGACUUCGGGAUCGCGGAGAGGGAUCUUUACAGCGUCUUUAACCACAGAGGAGCAAGGGAAACCGUAGACACGCACAAAACGCUUAAUGCACUCUUAACGUCACAUAAGAGAUAUCACUUUGAAGACACAUCUGAAAUCUAGCGACCACUAAUAAAAUUUUCAGCGUCGGAAGAGGACAUAGUAAGUUCACAGUGUCCAGCAAAAUGACAUCGCUUAAAGAGGUGACUUGCGUCGCUGUAGUCCUGCUGAAUUAUGCUGUUUGCUCAGUUUGGUCAAGCUGCCCCCCUAUAGUGAGUAGAGCGGAGUGGGGAGCCAAUCCCCCGGUUCAAGUCACCAACCUCACCCUACCCGUGGAGUACAUCGUGGUGCACCACACUGCCUGGGACAGGUGCUUUACAGAGGAGGACUGCGUGAAACAGGCCAAGAGAGUACAGGACUAUCACCAGGGAGACAAAGGGUGGUGGGACCUCGGGUACAACUUCAUGGUGGGGGAGGACGGCCGUGCCUACGAGGGCAGGGGCUGGACGUCCCAGGGGGCCCACGCCAGGGGAUUCAACUCUAAGUCUAUCGGCAUCACUAUAUUUGGCGACUUUCGCUGGGACAUGCCCAAGAGAAACGCAUUAGAAGUGGUGAAGUCUCUCAUCGCUUGCGCCAAAGAACAGGGCGUUAUUCAGGACAACUACACAGUGAUCGGUCACAUGCAGGCAGCCACGCCCUCCUACACGGAGUGCCCGGGGGGAGAACUGCUCUGUGAGAUAUCCACCUGGGACAACUGGAAACCUUUCCAAUUCAAUGGUACCUUCACAUUCCCGGCAAACUGUUCAGAACCAAGCGAUGUAUGCGAUUCUAUAAUCAGUAGAAGUAAAUGGGGUGCACGACCGCCAAAGUCAGCGGAAGUCAGUAUGACGUCGCUUCCGGCACAAUAUGUCGUCAUUCAUCAAACCGGCCUGGGAAGAUGUUUUGGCGACUGUAGCUCUAACGUGCGGCAGGUUCAGGCGUUGCACCAGGAUCAAUAUGGUUGGAAUGAUAUUGGUUUUAACUUCCUCGUCGGAGAAAAUGGAGGCGCUUAUGAAGGCCGAGGGUGGUAUAAACUAGGACAACGUGAAGAACAUUUUGACUCACGCUCACUGAGUAUAGCAUUCCUUGGUGACUUUGAGAACGUGACUCCUAUGGCGACAGCUACCAAUGCAGUUAAACGUAUCAUACGGUGUGCCAUUAAAAAAGGUAUCCUUCGAAUUGACUACACUCUCAUCGGAUACACACAAGCAGACGACAUAGGACAGACUGCGCCCCCUGGCGGACGUCUUCUUUGCACAAUAUCAAAGUGGGAUCACUGGAGACCUGAGCAGUAUAAUGGCGUCUUCCGGUUCCCUCCACAAUGUCCGCGGGUCAUCAGUCACGACCAAACUGUGAAAGCUGCAGACGCCUCUAAAACGAUGACAGUAAAUGACGACUGCCCGGAUAUAGUAAGCAGAGCUCAGUGGGGGGCCAGACCCCCUACCGAGAUCACGAACCUGACACUUCCGGUCCAGUACGUUGUGGUACACCAUACAUCCUGGGACCGCUGUUUUACUAGGGAGAACUGCAGCGCAGAGAUGAGGAAAAUACAGAUUUUUCACCAAGAUGUUCGUCAAUGGGCAGAUAUCGGCUAUAAUUUCGGUGUUGGGGAGGACGGCAGAGCAUAUGAAGGACGCGGCUGGUAUAGACGAGGGGCGCACGCGCGAAGAAUUAACGGUAAUUCCAUUGGUAUUGUUGUGAUGGGAAAUUUUGAAGACGUAAUACCUUUGUCGAUAGCUACAGAUAUGGUCAAGAAACUUAUUCGUUGUGGGGUUCAAAAGGGAGUCCUGCGACCUGACUACAUCCUGGUAGGUCACCGGCAGACAGACGACAUUGGCCACACCACGUGUCCUGGUGGAAGUUUUCUGUGUGAAAUCACAAAGUGGGAUCAUUGGCAACCAUACCAGUUCAACGGCACUUUCCAUUACCCCUCUCAGUGUCCUAGAGCGGAUGACGUCACAGCAGUGUCAACGGGCUCUGUACAGUACUCUCCCACCUAUGGUAACUGCCAUGCUGUGGUAGACAGGGCAACGUGGGGAGCGGAGUCUGCCACUGACGUCAUCAAACUCCAACUUCCGGUGAAAUACGUCAUAGUGCACCACACGGCGGGGAGGAGGUGUUUCACUGAAAGAGACUGUGUCUCCCAGGUCCGGGGAAUUCAGAGGUACCACCAAGUCACCAGAGGCUGGUGGGAUAUCGGCUAUAAUUUCCUGGUAGGAGAAGACGGCCAUGUUUACGAGGGGCGUGGCUGGUUUAACCAAGGAGCACACGCCAGGGGUUUUAAUAGCCAGUCGAUAGGCAUUUCCAUAAUGGGAGAUUUCCGAAAACAUUCACCCAGUAGAAAAGCCAUUGCAGAGCUGAAGCAACUCAUCAAAUGUGGUGUUGACAGGGGAGUUAUCCAAGAGAAUUUUACGCUCAUUGGACACAAGCAGGCAGCAAAACCAGGUUAUACUGAGUGUCCCGGAAGUAGCUUAUUGUGUGAAAUUGCACUAUGGGAGCACUGGGAGCCGUAUCAGUUCAACGGGACUUUCUCGCGCGUGGAAUGUUUAAACACACAAUCAAGUAUAUCCGGAAGUAGAACUAUUUUCAGUUACACAAUAAUGCCAUUCAUAUCGACAUUGGUUGCUUUAAUAUAUCUGAGGGCAUCUUAGCUAUUCAGCGUGAGGGAAUGGGACAAAUUGCACUACAGUAUGAGAAAUGGAGACUGCAAUGGAAAUAUAAAUUUAUACAAGCUAUGAGGCAAUAUCUUUAGACCACCCACUAUAACACUGUAAAUACACGUUUUUCAUCUCAUUAUUCCUUGUAACUAUGGUGGUAAUGUUCACAUUUCAUUUAUCUAAGUUAAUGUUACGUUGUUUAAUCAAGUUUCCAAUUAUUUUAAUUGUGGAUAAGAUCUUCGGCGAGAUAAUAUGGUUUUAUACCGUUCUGAAAUAUCAUUAUGAAUUCUACCUCGUCAUUGUGUUCGAGAAGGGUUCAGUUACAAUCAUUUACCAAGAGAAGACAGCGAUGAGAUGAAACAUAGGAAUUUUACCAGGCUCCCUCCCAGCUCAGUUUGUGUAACUUACUCGAGUAGGAAAAUGGGGGAACCCAGAAGCAGGCUGCAGUUUGCAUGCCGAAAACUCUCAAACUGCUUAGCAGACCGCACGUGACGUCAAGGAUUUAGUGAACAUCACAACCAGGCACAUCUAACACAAUACAAUUGUAUGGUAGACCUAAACAGUUGAACUAUGUUUUAUUACAAAUUUUAAAGUUGCUUGCACAUAUUCAUGACAUGGUCUGACAUCAUAAACAUGCUACAUAUCAGGACAUGUAGAAACUGUAUUCAAAACAUAAUUUUGUGUAUAUACAUGUUUUUUUUAUCAUCAAAAAAUCUAGUCUAUCGGUUUGUUGGUACACAUCUGUGUUUCAUAUU